AUGCUCACCUGUUCAACCUCUCUGCGCCGAGAACUUCGAUUGCAUUUCUUCAACCAACCUCUUUCUCUUCCUUGGACAUGCUCCUCGCUCCCGUGUCCGAUCCUGACCGCCACCACAUUCGUUCGCAACCAUGCCACUCUUGGAUCCAUACAAUUGGGUCACCAUCGCCGUCUACUGUAUAAAGCGUUGCUGAAGAAGCAGCCAGUUGAUGUGCCAAAACUGAAGAAGCCAGGCCUCACCGCCGAGAGGUUCAGUCGCGAUGCCGAUGCACGAGAACAAAACCGUACGCAGCGACUCACCGACAGUGCUCGCGCAAAUCUUGAGAAAGCCAUGGAAAAGGAGUCUCAGUAUUUAGUUGAUCCGCUGAAGCUAGCCCAGUCGGUGGUGGAGAAAUUAAGGAACUCCGAAUUUGAGGCUGCUUUGAGCUUGGUUCGCGCAAGUGAAAAAGCUCGUGAUGGCAUGCCCGUUGACAAUGUUGUCAGUUGGAAUCACAUCAUGGAUUGGCUGAUGAGCCAGGGAAGCCCGUCAAAAGCCUGGAAAGUCUAUCACGAGAUGAAAAAGCGAGGUCACAAACCCGACUCUCAUACUUAUACCAUCAUGUUGCGAGGUUAUCGAGACAAUGUGAAGAAGCCAAACGCCGUCAAGCAAGCAGUAGAUGUUUACAACUCCAUCUUCGCUGCGAACUCUGCUGUUACGGCAACUACCAUCCAUACGAACGCUAUUCUUAGCGUUUGCGCAAGGGCGAAUGAUAUCGAAACCCUCUGGGCAAUUGCCGGACGACUUCCCGACCAUGGGCCCGGCGCCCCUGACCACAUCACUUUCACUACGAUCCUACAAGCCAUCAGCGCCGAGGUUCAGGCUAGGGCUGUAGAGCUGAGUAACCGCAACAAACCCGGAUAUAACCCACAGGUUCUUUUCAAUCAAGCAAUCGAUGAUGCACGGAAAUUGUGGGUUGAUAUCACGACGAAAUGGAGGAAAGGCGAUCUCCAACUUGAUGAGGCCCUUGUCUGCGCAAUGGGGAGAUUGCUGAUGCUUUCCGACGACGCCAAAACCCACGAGGAUGUCCUUAACUUAGUUCAACAGACCAUGAACAUACAGAGAUUUCCUCGAAAUUUGUCUUCGAUGAAGCCCGAUCAUACAGAAGAUCCGGAAGAUACACUGAACAAUCUACCAGAUCAUGCUCCCUCCCAAUCUGGAGUUCCUGCCACGACGUUUACGAGCCUCAUGCCACCUCCAAAUCAACUGGCGACUUCAAAAAGCUCAAUAUAUGCCGUACCGGGUAGGAACACCCUUUCCAUGCUUCUGGAAACAACGACGGCACUCCGACAACUAUCGGAAGGCAAAAAGUAUUGGGAAUUGCUCACCUCCCCCGACGGACCUUACAGGAUUAAACCAGAUUACCAAAACAUUACGGCCUACUUGCGUCUUCUCCGUGUUUCACGUUCUAGUCAGACAGUUCUGAACUUGCUUCGCGAACCAUGGUCCGAGGAGGUUCAGGGCCAAGUGAUGAGUCGGGCCACGUUCGUCAUAGCUAUGAGUACUUGUCUGCGAGACAAGAAAAAUCCCAACGUGUUCGAUAUUGCCAAUCGUCUGCUAGAUAUGAUGCAAGGAUGGGCCGAGAGUACAGGCAGGGAACAGGCUGAAGUCACAGGCAAAGCUGAGGCGGAGGAACAUCAAGGACAAAGACUUCGGCUCUCACCCAAAGUUCUUACAAAGUAUCUUGAAUUAGCGAUGUCCACAACCAAAGGUCUGGACGGAACUAGUUUGGAAAAGACCAAAGAUGGCGACUUGGACUUUGAGCGUGAUCCCCACAAGAACAACACUCUGAGAGCCCUAAAGAGGCUGUCCCCGCAUUUGCUCAACGUCAAGCAACUGAUCAAGCUCCAUUUAAACGAACUCGACGCACAAGCUAGAUUGGGAGCCCGCACGGUGAGGGUCGCGAUGUUGCUGGCGAAACGCCAAAUUACCCCUUAUGUUGUGAAUGAAGACAUGGAAGAGUUGGCGGAAUUUUUGCGAACUCACAUCAGUGCUUACGAUAAGAUUCUGAUGAUCAAUGAGCGAUUGGAGGACGAUGGUUUGGGCCCUCUGGAACAAGGCCUGGUGAAGGAGUGUUGGGAGCAAAAGCGCAAGUUGUCCGCAUUCUUGGGCAAACUGAUCAACCCUGCGGGAAUCCCCGAAGAGGUCCAGCAGGCGCGGAGACAAAAGAAACUGGAUGAAAGCCAAAACAAACCUCCGAUGGAUGCUUCCGGCGAGGAUUCAGAUAGUGAGGGCCUCGACCUCACCGCCCUGAGCCAGAGAACCAAGUUUCUGGAGGAUGUCGAGAUGAAUCAGAAGAGACUCACAAAGUCACGAGAGGAAGGUGGGCUUUCGAGAAGACAGAAGAUCGAAUUGAAAAAGGCGGAGCUAAUCAGGGCCCAAUUUCCGGUCAGUAUGCUCAGAGCUCAAGAGAAAGAAGAAAAACGGCGGAAGAUGGCGCUCAACGCAAAAUUUCGUACCGGAAAGCCUGAUGACGUAUCUCCUUUCCAGACAGAUACGCGAGAAAUGAAAGGAUGGGGUAGUGGAUUCGAGAACCUCGCUCGCAAGCACGGUCAGGAUGGCCGGUCCGAAUUUGUCCAUAUCGGCCCGUAA